AUGGCUGUGGCCAAAAUUUUAUUGACCAUAAUCUUUCCUUGCGCCUUGUCACUCUGUUAUCAUCAUGAUCUCUUGGUCUAUGCUAUUCAUUCUGCUAGCCCAGCAGCAUCAUAUUUUAUUGGCAAUGUUGCCAUUAAUUGUGGCUCGACUGGGAAGUCUUCAGCGUUUGAUGGGCGUCAAUGGAUUGGGGAUGCAGGCUCGGGGCUCAUGUUUUCAUUGCAACCAAAAGGCAAGCCGAAGGCCUCAACUGCUGUCCAUAAAUCAUUCUUUGCCGAUCCCGUUCCUUACAGGACUUCAAGAAUCUCUGCAGCUCCAUUCUACUACAAAUCUCAAGUUAGCCCAGGUCAGAAAUUCAUUCGCCUUCAUUUUCUCCCUGUUCCAUAUCAUGGUUUUAGAGAUUCAGAAGAUCUUUUCACGGUCAAAGCGGGUCCUCUUACCCUCUUGUAUAACUUUAGUGCUUCACUUGCUGCUGAAGGAUCUGGGGAAAGUUUUCUUGUUAAGGAAUUUUGCUUGAAUGAGAGGGGUGCCCGUAUUGUUGGCCGGCAUGAUCGGUUUUUUGAUAUUGACAACAGCACUGCGCUUGAAUUGAUUGAGAGGUUGAACACAGGUGAUAGCUCUAUCUCAUCAGUGGAAGAUUUUGGAUUGUUUAGGAGAUGGAAUGGAGAUGCUAAUCACUUUACAGAGCACAGAGUUCACCAAGUGAUUUAUCCCGCAGCUAUGACCACAUAUACCAACCCAUAUCUUGCACCUCCAAAAGUUUACCAGACGUCUUGGAAAUUGGAGCCAAAUCUAAGGGUUCAAGGGGUUCAUACUUUCAGGUGGAAAAUUCCAAUCGACAUUGGAUUUGGAUACUUAGUAAGGUUACAUUUCUGUGCUUCUGAUUUAAGAAUUAACAAUGUUGGGGAAAAAGAGUUUAGUAUCCUUAUCAAUGAUCAGAUUGCUGAGACUAUGAUUGAUGUAAUCAAGUUGAGUGGGGGCAUUGGGAUACCAUUAAUCAGGGAUUACAUGGUGAUGAUGAAGGGAGACAAACAAGGUGGUAAGUUUGAUCUCUUGAUUGACCUAUGCACAACAAAUGAUUUAGUUGUUGGCCAACUAAAUGGAAUGGAGAUCUUCAAGCUGAGCAACCCUGAUAACAGUCUCGCAGCUCCAAACCAAGGGAAGCUUGAACCGUCAUUGUCAAUUGAUCCAUCAUUUUGUUCUUUUUCGCUUUCUAAAAUUCUGUCGGCAACCCAAGAGUUCAGUGAAGCAUCCCUCAUAGGGAGGGGUGGAUUUGGAAAGGUUUACAAAGGGUACAUUACUGGCAUUUCACAGGUUGCUGCCAUAAAAAGGUUGAAUGCGAACUCCAAGCAAGGAGCUCGUGAAUUCUGGGCUGAAGUUGAAACACUUUCCAAGUUUCGUCACAAUCAUAUUGUUUCUUUGAUAGGCUACUGCAAUGAGGGCUCUGAGAUGAUCCUGGUAUACGAACCAACGGUAGAUGUUAGAAACCCGGAGGAUCAGCCGAGUCUUUUGUCAAGCUUCCGGGAUUGCAGUGCACAAGUGGACUCCGAGGCGAUUAUUGAUCCCAGUCUACAAGGGAGAAUUUCGGCAAGCAGUUUAAAAGAAUUUGUGAAAUCUAUUGAGAAUUGUUUGCAUCAGCAGCCAAAGAAACGACCUACGAUGGCUCAGCAGGACAAACCAACGCUUUCUGGUACUGAAGAUGGUGCAGACAUAAGCCAACUUUCUGAGGAUGGAAGGAGCGAGUUGAUGCACUUCAGCCAGAGCUCUUCACCACCAAUGCCCGAGGAGAGUGUCACAUGGUCUCCAAAGGAAGAAAUCACUAAGGAACCAACUGAACCCAAAAAAACAAAGAUGAGAGAGGACUCCUCAUCAGCCAAAAAACCGAUAUGGGGUUGGCCCUGGAGAACGGUUUGGAGCAGGGGGAAGCCAAUGAAUAAAACAGCUCAAAAAAUGAGUGGCACACCCAACAGAACAGAUGGUCGGUUUUCAUUUUCCGAAAUCUUGAAGAUGACAAAAAAUUUUCAGAGUUUUCUUGGACAAGGCGGGUCUGGAAGAGUCUACUAUGGUGUCACUGAAGGGAAACAAGUUGCUGUAAAGUUACUCGUUGACUCUUCUAGGCAAAAAAGACAUGACGAGUUUCUGAGUAAGGCAAAGUUGCUGACUAGGGUUAAUCAUAGCAAUUUAAUAAUGCUGGUUGGGUACUGCUGCGAAGGCAACCAUAUGGCGCUGAUAUACGAGUACAUGGAUAACGAAAACUUAAGAGACCAUAUUUUAGAUGGCAACGUCUUGACCUGGUCACAGAGGCUUCAAAUUGCAAUGGAUGCAGCGCAAGAUCGAGUGGCGGAUCAUGCGGUUAUAACAUUGAUGCCGGCGGAUAUGAGCAGCCCUGUUACGCCGUGGCUCGGUGUUGGUGGUUCUGGUGUUUAUUCAUCAGGCCGGUUGCUCUUCACCCCCCUCGAUCGCCUCCAUAAGUUGCCAAGGACUCCGGGAACAGAGAAUGGGCUGCCGGAGGGUAUAUUGACGGAAGUGCUGGUGAGGGUGGAUAUUAAGACACUACACCAAGCCAAGUGCGUUUCUAAAUCUUGGCUCGCCAUCAUUGAGGGUUCAGUAUUUCGUGAUGCAUAUCGUGCUCAUCGUCUUGGCUGCCUUAUCUUGUCGAUUCCAGAACCGAUCAUCGACCCCGGUCAAGCGAUGAAGAGGACACAACCCAAGUUUCGGCCACCAGAAUUAGAAAAUGGGCUUCCAGAUGAGUUGAUCUUGGAAGUACUCGCGAGAGUGGAGAAUAUCAAGACCUUAUACCUGGCCAAGUGUGUUUCCAAAUCUUGGUGCUCCAUCGUUGAGGGUCCGGGCUUUUUCGAUGCAUACCAGUCUCAUCAUGCCGGCGGGCUGGUUCUGUCCGUUGCAGAACCGAUCAAAGAUCCCAGCCUAAGCAGUAAUCGACCCACCCUCAAAAAUCCCUGGCCCGUCAAGGUAAAUUUCUUCUCUUCAACUCUUGUUGCUGAGGGGUUUCACCCCCGACCAUUUUUCCGAAGUUCUUCGAUCCAUCUAUCGAAUUGCUACAGGGGACUUACGACUGUGGUUAACGGGUUGGUCUGCGUUUUUGAAACCACCAGAUUAUUGGUCUGCAAUAUCUGGACUGGAGAAACUAUGCAGCUCCCGGACGUUGGGUACCGGGAGAAUAGAUGCGGGUUUGUUGGAUCCAAGUACUAUUUAGGGUAUGAUGAUGACACAAGAGUUUACAAAUUGCUUAAUUUAAGUGAACUUUAUCAGUCAAUAGUGGUACCUCUUGAUCAGUUUCGGUCUCCUUACUUUAAGCUUGAUUUUGAGAUUCUUACCCUAGGUCAUGAUUCAUCCUGGAGGAGGCAUCCUGGCGUUGCUGGUGGUCCUCUUGUUAACAUGGGUUCUUUUUUCACUGAAGUGCCCCUUUUAAUCAAAGGGGUUCUGUAUUGGAUGAUGUCCGGUCAGCUAAACAAUUGUUUGAUUUCUUUUUAUUUGAAUAAGGAGGAGUUCCAACUGAUUCAAGCCCCACUGAAUGAUCCUUCAAUGAUCUGGGAGCAUAUUUGGACUUUUGCGCAAAUUGGGGGACGCCCGGCUCUGUAUCAAUUUAGAGAGAAUGUUGACUAUGGUAGACAUCUUUUCUUUUACUUACUCGAUGAUGAUUCUUGGAGCAGUCAUUCGAUUCCAUUUCCCCCUGAAUUCGUCGACUUAGAUUAUUUGACUUCAAUUGGUAACCUCCCUACCGGCCAGACAUUGUUUAUCAAAGAGAAUUGUUUGAAUGAUCUUCUUGGGAGCUCUACGACUAUAUACUCUUAUGAUCAUCAAUCGAAGGAGUUUGGGAAGCUAUUUGUGGGCAAGAUAUGUCACCUUAAGCGUAAUAGUCGUGUGGCCAAAACUUAUCUGCGACGUACUAUAGUUACUUGUUUGCAGGAGGGUAGCAUUGCUCCAUUGGACGUCCAGUUGAAUGGAGGUUGA